CAGCGACACAUGCGCCUGGACGGGCACGAGGCGUGGACGAACCGGUACGGCGAGCGGCUUUUCUCAAAUUUCGGCGCGCGGGAAGCUACCCUUGAAGACAUCAUAAGAGCAGCCAGACGCCCCAUUAUUGCUUUACCCUACCCGUACCAAUAAUCCCACUGUUGUCUCCCUCACUUGUUGCGUCGUUGCGUUACUGUACCUCUUCCAUAGCCUCGCCCCGAGACUGCCUCCCUCGCCAGGCAGCUGUUCUCCGAGACGCGAGCAGCUUCAAUACCUGUGCAAUCAAUCUCAUCCUCCGAGCCCUUUACCCGGAAUUGAGACAUAUAUCUUCACAGGACCCAUCCUCUGCUCCGUCUACACAGCAAAAGAGCGCCGCAAUCCUGCAUUCCUACAGCUCUGCUCUGGCAACCCUCUCCCCGCAGCUCUGACCGUGCCCCUCUUGGCUGAAUACAUCCACGAACACAGACAUGUCUGAAGGCGCCGUCAAACCUGCAAACCCCGUGGUGGCAGAGGCCCACGAGGUCGACACUUUCCACGUCCCCAAGGCUUUCUAUGAGAAGCAUCCACACACAAAACCGCAUCUUGAUGGCCUCGAACACUACCAGCAAUUGUACAAAGAGUCUAUCCAGGAACCCAACAAGUUCUGGGGUCGUCUGGCCCGUGAAAUGCUCACGUGGGAACGCGAUUUCCAGACCGUGCAUGCUGGCAGCUUCGAGGGUGGCGACAAUGCCUGGUUUGUUGAAGGCAGACUAAAUGCCAGUUACAAUUGCAUUGACCGCCAUGCUUUCAAAAACCCUGAUAAGCCGGCUAUUAUCUACGAGGCUGAUGAGGCCGGCGAUGGCCGCACCAUCAGCUAUGCAGAGCUCCUCCGCGAGGUCUCAAAGCUGGCCUACACGCUCAAGGAGAUGGGUGUCAAGAAGGGUGAUACUGUUGCUAUCUAUCUACCCAUGAUUCCAGAAGCAGUUAUUUCGCUAAUGGCCUGUGCGCGUAUCGGCGCUGUUCACUCAGUCGUCUUCGCCGGUUUCUCCUCCGACUCCCUCCGUGACCGCAUUAUUGAUGCCGAAUCCAAGGUCGUCAUUACUACGGAUGAAGGUAAGCGCGGCGGAAAGGUCAUUGGUACGAAGAAGAUUGUCGACGAAGCUCUGAAGCAGUGCCCUGAUGUUACCCACUGUCUGGUGUAUAAGCGCACUGGCGCGGAUGUUCCCUGGACCAAGGGACGAGACCUGUGGUGGCAUGAAGAGGUCGACAAGUACCCUGCCUACAUUGCCCCCGAAUCCAUGAACUCCGAGGACCCGCUCUUCUUGCUCUACACAUCUGGUUCAACCGGUAAGCCCAAGGGUGUCAUGCACACGACCGGUGGCUACCUGAUUGGAGCCGCAGCGACUGGAAAAUACGUCUUUGAUAUCCAUGACAAGGACAUCUUCUUCUGUGGUGGUGAUGUGGGUUGGAUUACUGGUCACACCUAUGUCGUAUACGCCCCGCUGCUGCUUGGUGUUGCCACUGUUGUCUUCGAGGGAACUCCUGCGUACCCCAACUUCUCGCGCUACUGGGAUAUCGUUGACAAGUAUAACGUCAGCCAAUUCUAUGUCGCGCCCACUGCUCUGCGGUUACUGAAGCGCGCUGGUGACCAGCAUGUUAAGCACGAGAUGAAGAAUCUCAGGAUUCUAGGAUCUGUGGGUGAGCCGAUUGCUGCUGAGGUCUGGAAGUGGUACUUUGAGAUUGUAGGAAAGGAGGAAGCACAUGUUGUUGACACAUACUGGCAAACCGAGACUGGUUCCCACGUUAUCACGCCACUCGGCGGUGUUACGCCAACGAAGCCGGGAUCUGCCUCCCUUCCCUUCUUCGGCAUCGAGCCUGCCAUCAUUGACCCCGUAUCAGGCGACGAAAUUCACGGAAACGAUGUCGAGGGCGUGCUAGCAUUCAAGCAGCCAUGGCCAAGCAUGGCCCGAACAGUCUGGGGAGCACACAAGAGGUAUAUGGACACAUACCUGAACGUGUACAAGGGAUAUUACUUCACUGGAGACGGUGCUGGGCGUGACCACGAGGGUUACUACUGGAUCCGGGGUCGUGUGGAUGAUGUUGUCAACGUUUCUGGGCACAGGCUGUCAACCGCAGAAAUCGAAGCCGCGCUCAUUGAGCAUCAUUCCGUCGCCGAAGCUGCGGUCGUGGGUGUGCACGACGAACUGACCGGCCAGGCCGUGAACGCCUUCGUGUCGUUGAAAGACGGAAAUGGGACCAGUGAUCAGACAAAGAAGGAUUUGAUCCUCCAAGUCCGAAAGUCGAUUGGCCCCUUCGCAGCACCGAAGGCGAUUUAUGUAGUUCCAGAUCUGCCCAAGACGCGAUCAGGAAAGAUCAUGCGUCGUAUCCUGCGAAAGAUCUUGGCAGGUGAGGAGGACCAGCUGGGCGAUGUCACAACACUCUCGGAUCCUUCGGUUGUCGACAAGAUAAUUGAUGUGGUGCACACUGCCAAGAAGAAGUAGACGUGGCGUGGGACUCACCAUGUAAGAUGGGUGGAGGGUAGGUUUGGAAUGCGGGCAAAUAUUGAGGUACCCAGCGAAGCAAUGAUGGAAACAAAUUCUUGGACUUCAGGCGGCUGUAAGGCAUCUUUGUAUCCGUGAGCUGAGAGGAGUCGGGCGCACGCUGGCUUCGGCAAGUGUUUUGACUGGAUGAGACAAGACUGGUGCUGAAGACACGGGACCCUUUUUCUACGCUGCGG